AAUAAACCUAUAACAGGUGGUACUAUAGAUCAACUAACAGUAUUACCUAAAGCUAAUAGAGUUGACGCCCAGUUAGCGCCACCACCAAUAUCUGAAGAAGAUACACAAAAAGGCAUCAUGAGUUUAAUGGAACGAGGAUUGAUUCCACCUGCUGCUCAGUUAACUCUAGAACCCUCACCAGUCCGUCAACAAUUACUGCAGUUACACAAUCCACAGGAUAAAACUAAAUCACCACUUCUAGCAGAUCGUGACAGUAAGCCAGGAUCACCAACAAGAGCUACUUCCUCUGAGAUGAGAAGAUAUUUCAGUAAUUCUCGUCUCACGUCUGCUGCAUCCAUUAAUCAACCAAAAACACCAGUGUCCAUGAAAACAUAUGAGAUACCUUUACAACCAAUGCCACCACCCACCACACCAGCUAGUGGAGAUUUAAAGCUGUCAUCUCAUAGAUUUGCUAUACAACAUGGUCGUGUCAGAGAUUCUCAUCCAGAAUUCUUGGCUUUUAAACAACAUUAUUGUUUAUCAUGGGGCAGUAUUGUGACAACUAUCAGACAUCUAGAGAAGCUAUUAUGUAUAUAUUCUGUACCUAUAGCUUUUAUACAUGGUGAUAAAUUAGCUGAUUUAGCUAUAGAAUUUGAACUAGAGAGAGCACCGUCUAUAGAUGAUUUGUUAACAGUAAUAGUAAAUAGAGAAGAUGUAGAAUCUAUUAUUGUUAAACCAGGUAGAAAGUUUUUAGGACCAGAUGGUAAAGUUGUAGCAGCUACAUGUAUACAGUCUGUAUGGAGAAGAUAUGUAGAUAGAAAGAAAUAUCUAGAAUAUAGAAGGUUGAAAUGGGCUGCUGGUGUCAUUGCUAUAUCCUGGAUUAUGCAUAUUAAAAUGGCUAAAGUUCGCAAACAACUACACCAAACUCGUCUGGAUGAACUGGAGGCAUUUAGACGUAGGUCUAAGAAAUUAGCUAAAUCCUGGGAUAGAAUAAGUUAUAAUCGGCGUGUAGUAAUUCAUAUACCAUCAUUAGGUUUAUCUCAGAAUAUCAGAGAUAGUAUCCAUAAUUUUGGUAUUAGACAGAAUACUCAGAUGGGCAGACUGUGUGAUUUACAUGAUCCUAAUAUAGAUGUGAUAUUUGUAUCACCUGUACCAUUAAGUGAUGAAACCUAUCAGUAUUAUUCAAAGUUAUUAGGACUGAAAUCAGCAAUAUCUAGUGGGAAGGUAGAAGAUCAACAAGAUGUCACAGAAAGAUAUAAAAUAAUAGUCCCAGAAGCAAUCAAAAGUUUCCCUACACAUAGAAUGUGUUUAUCAACAAUAUUAAAAUACAGUCCAAUAGCUUUACAGAGAAUUAAAAGAUUAAUCGUUGGAAGAGAGGCCUAUAUAGUAACAGGUGUACCACACAAAGAUGAUUUAUCUGUUGCUGAUGCCUUAGAGGUACCAAUCUUAGCACCAGAACCGGACAUAGCUCAUCUUUAUUCCACCAAGUCUGGUAGUAAAAGAAUAUUUGCUAGUGCUAAUGUUGCUUUACCUUAUGGUGAAUAUGACAUCUACAGUUUAGCUCAGCUUCAUGAGUGUCUAGCGCAAUUAGUGACAGAAAAUUUAGAUGUUAAAAGAUGGCUGUUUAAAUUAGAUAAUGAAUUUGAUGGUCGAGGUAUAGCUAUCUGUGAUGUCACCCAAUAUCUACCAUGUUACAGCUGGGCCUUGAAAGAAUCACAUCGGUAUGGUGAAAAAUGGUCCAAAAAGUGGGCUCAGGAGGCAGCAUAUUUAAAGAUAUUAGGUGAAAUACCAAGUGUUUUAACUACUUAUGCUCAACCUGUUAAUACCAAACUAUAUCCUAACUGGACAAAAUAUAUUCAAGCUUUUCUUAGUCAAGGGGGAGUAAUUGAGGCAUGUCCACCAUCAUCUAGUAUAACAACAUUAUCAGCUGAUCUAUUGAUAGAACCGUCAGGCAAUAUUAAAAUAUUAACUAUAGGAGAUCAAAUACAUGCUGAAUCACCAUUCUCUUGUUGGGGCAUGUCAAUUCCCCAAUCUUCUAUAGAGCCUACAGUUAUCAAUGAUGCUUGCUUUAAUAUUGCUGAGGCUUGCAGAACCCGAGGAAUUGUGGGAUAUCUAACUGUUGAUUUUGUUACUUUCAUUGAUUCAAAGAUGGAACAACAACUAUGGGCAUUAGAUAUCAGUUUAAAUUAUAGUGAUACAUUAUCAAUCUAUCAACUAUUAUUAUAUACUACUAAUGGUAAAUUAGAUACAGAAAACCAUAUAUUUAAUGUUACACUACCUCUACAAGAUAAUAAAAAAAUUAAACCUAAAAAACGAUCAAAUUCUGAAGAGGAUGAUCCAAAUACAUCACGGUAUGCUGUAAUGAGUACUAGAUUAUUACAUACCAACUUGGCUGUGGUUCAUUAUAGUGUCUUCUUUCAAAUGUGCCGUGCUCAUGGUAUUGGCUUUGAUAUUAAGGAAAAACAAGGAACAGCAUUUACAUUAAUAGAUAGUUUUAGUAGAGAGAGACUAGGCAUGAUUACUAUUGGUGAUAAUUUACAAGGUGCUCUGGCAAUGUUUGCUAGAAAUCUAUCAGUUAUACAUCAAGAAAUAUCAGCACCUAACAUGCAGGGAGAAACAAAUUUUAAGGGAGCUAUAGAAGAUAUCGAGGGUAUAUUAGGAACUACAAUACAGAAUGCUCAAGAUCAAUUACCAUCAGAUAGCUAAAACACUGUUGUAACAUAGACAUUAACAGAUUUCUUUUUUAAUCUGGGGCUUUUGUUCACAAGCAAUUAAUCUGUUGUCUUGUUAAUAUGUGAGACGAUUAUUUGUAUACAUAUGGACAUGUUUGAAAUAAAAUUCAGAUGGGGGUAAACGUUUGGCUUUCAUAGUAAGAAAAUUGUGUACAAUUGAAGGACUUGCAAAAGCAAUUGAAGCAAAACAUUUUUAUGGUCCACUUAUAUAUAUUCACAUGCAGGGACUUCCAAAAUCAGACAUGCUAUUACUGAUAUUUGCUGAAAAAUACAACUGUUUAUUGUUAUCAUGAAUAUUCUGAACACUAUGAGUGAAUAAUGCCAUGAUCUAUAGUUUGUAUAUAUUAUAUGUGUUAAAAUUGUAAAUAUUCAGAAGUUCCAGUAGAGAACAUACCAUGUAAAUUCUAUCUUAGUAUUGUAUUAUUUCAUAUUUAUAUUUGCUGUGAUAUCUGUAAUAUUGUGUAAAAAGCAUUAAUUACUUACUAUGUAAUUCCCAAAAAAUAAAUAGCCAAACACGUCUAGUUACGAAAUUAAUCUUCAUAGUUUAUUACAUUCAAAAAUAUUUUACAUUUUAUACUAUUUUACAAUUGAAUUUUAUUUAUAAAAAUAUAAG